AUGAGCUCCCAGAUUCGUCACAAUUAUUCCACCGAGGUGGAGGUCGCCGUCCACGGCCCGGGCAACCUGCAUCUGCAGGCCUUCAACACCUACCUCUCUCUGGGCUCCUAUUUCCACCGAGACGACGUGGCUCUGGAGAGCGUGGGCCACUUUUUCCACGAAUUGGCCGAGGAGAAGCGCGAGGGUGCCCAACUGUCUCUUGAAAAUGCAAAGCCAGCGGGCGGGCCCCCUUCCUGGACGUGCAGAAGCCACCCCAAGAUGAGUGGGGUAAAACCCAGGACUCUGUGGAAGCUGCCCGCCAGACGCCCCGCUCUGUGA